AUGCAGAUCUCUGCGAAGACCUUGACCAGCAAGACCAUUGCACUUGAGGUUGAGCCCAGUGACACCACUGAGAAUGUCAAAGCUAAAAACCAAAACAAGGAGGGCAUCCCAUGCAAACAGUGGUGUCUGAUUUUCCAGGCAAACAGCCAGAGGGAUGGCCGCACCCUCUUAGACUAUAAUAUCCAGAAAGGGUCCACCCUGCACUUGAUUUUCUUCCUUCAGGGCAGCAUCAUCAAGCCCUCCCUCCACCAAAUUGCCCAGAAGUACAACAGUGACAAGAUGAUCUGCCACAAUUGUUAUGCUUGCCUGCAUCCCUGCGCUGUCAAAUGCCGCAAGAAGUGUGACCACUCCAGCAACCUACGUCCCAGGAAGAAGGUGAAAUAA